AUGAAGUCGAAGAUUAAUCCAGACUAUGCGCAUCAUGUGAAGGCUCAUGAGUUGUGGGUCAAAGCGUAUUCAAAGAAAUCUGCAGCAAAGCAUACGGAUGGUCAAGAAAAAAUGGUGAACGCAAGCCCUCCCAAGCCUUACAACAAAAGUCCACCAAAAAAGUUGCCCAUUCCCGACGAGUCCUACGCCUUUGAAAAACGUGACAGAAACUCCGGGAAGAAUGGCAAAUGUAUCUCUCAACUGAGAACCGAAGAGAAAUUAAAAUGUUUUUCCAAAUUUCUCAAAAAAUCUCAGGUUAAUAAUGGAUUUAAUCAUGACAGAAAAUUUAAAAAACCUGAUAAACUUCGUUUCAAGAUUACACCUUCCGGUUCGUGUACGUCGCCAAUCACCAAUUGCAGCGAUCAGGCCUCCAAUAUUUCCUGCGCAAAUGAUCAAGAAUACGACGAAGGAGGAACUUCUACAGGAAAAGAAGUGGAGAAACCCUUGUCUUGGGAAAACUGCAUCGGAAAUUUAGCAGCAAAGAAGGAAUUAGAACAAGCAGUUGUCUGGCCACUGAAGCAUCCAUGGCUGUUUGAAUCAAGAAUUCGAAAACCCUACAAGGCCAGAGAACAUCCUCUCAGUAUCAUCUUCAUUGAUGAGAUUGACAGUGUGGGAGGCGCCCGGCAUGGAUCAGAGAGCAGAGCAAGUGACGGGACCCUCACUGAGUUGUUGCAGGAAAUGAAUGUCGUAUCUGAUCGCUCCUGCGUGGUUGUUAUAGGGGCAACUAAUUGUCCAUCAAAGCUAGACAAAGCUCUACUGCGGAGAUUGGAGAAGAAAAUACAUAUCACACUGCCGGAUGCGGACACAAGAGAGAAUCUCAUUAAAUACUACUUGGAGGAUACAUUGCACACCUUGGUUCUAGCAGACUUUAAAAAACUUGCCUCUCUAACGGAAGGGUAA